AUGUCGCGGACUGCCCACGAAACAUUUAAGCCGGCUGCCGCCAAGGCCGUCCAGCCGCUUCCCCUGCAGCCGUCUGCAGACGCAGUCAGAACUUGCUUGCGGGCUGUGGCGCAGUUUCUGCGACGAGUGCUGCCGCUAUGCCAGGCGCACACGGUGGAGUUUUUUACGCACGGGCUGUGGGAGAAAAUGGUGGCGCUUCCCCCGGAGACAGUGUUGGAAGCGCUGAGCGGGGAGAGGCUUCAGCGACUCCUGGAAGAGCCACCUGCACAGCGCCCUCUGGAGGAAGCCGCCGAAGGCUGUGAUUUUUCCAGCAUUUUCUGUGAACAUUCUCAGAAGUUGAUCAAUGUACAAGCUUUUGCUCUAGCUGCCAAGUAUUACUCCAUGCCACAUCUUGAAGUGUGUAGCUUUUUAGAAGAGAUGCUUGAAGCAUUGAAUAGCCAACGGUCAUCAAGAUCUGAUGUAGAAAUGAAAACAGAUGACUUCAUGAAUAAUAAGAAGUCACAUGAAGUACAGUUGAUGUCUGCACUAGUGGAUGGCAUCGCAAGAUAUAAUGGCUUAAAUCAGGUGAUUGACCUGGGCUCUGGAAAAGGCUACCUCAGCUCCUUCUUGUCAAUGCAAUAUAAUCUGAAGGUUUAUGGAAUUGAUUCUUCAAACACAAACACCCACGGAGCUAAUGAAAGAAACAGGAAAUUGAAGAAACACUGGAGAGCCUAUCAAAGUCAGGCAAGAGCAAAUGUCAGAGGUCAAGUGUUGGAAAAGGAAAAAGAAAGACUAGAGCAAGAUAAAGAGAAAUGUAAAGCAAAUAUCAGUGAAAAGCCCUUAAGUACUAAUAACUGUCUUCAGAGUCAGGCCGAGGUGGCUACUCCAGAGUCUAUUCUUUUUGAAAUAUCUGAUGUUUUCACAGACCCAGACACAUCUAUUACUAGCAAACAAUAUGUACUUCCCUCUGGGGCUCAGCUGCAGCUCAAUGAGAACAAUAUUUCAGAAAAUGCAUUCCUAAAUAUUUUGCCUGCUGAUGCUGUGGAAAUGGACUAUUCACCCAAAAAUAAUUGCAGGGAGCUCUGUGAAGAGGAGAAAGAACAAAGGAAGAUGGCGUCUCUUAAAGCCAAAGCAAGCAGAUCAAAGGAAGCGAACAUGUUUUCCCCGUUAACAUCCUAUAUCACCGCAGAAACAGAGCUAAGUGAUAUUGUUGCAGAUCUGGAGGACUGCGUAAUGGUGGGUCUGCACACAUGUGGCGAUCUUGGCCCAAGCACUCUUCGGAUUUUUACUUCUAAACCUGAGAUUAAGGCAGUUUGCAGUGUGGGCUGCUGCUACCAUCUGCUAUCAGAAACUGAGACAGGUGACAUUCAAGGAACCUGGGGUUUUCCCAUGUGCCAGUACUUAAAAGAAGAGGCUUGGUUCUGUGGUCGUAAUGCCAGAAUGGCAGCCUGUUUGGCUCUGGAACGAGUUGCAGUGGGCCAAGUGCUGCCUACAGAAUCACUGUUUUAUCGAGCUGUCCUACAGGUUAUUGUAGAAGAAUUUUAUGGAGUCAGUAGAAGUGACCGAAAUAUUGGGAAAGUAUUUUCUAAGUCAUCUUCCUUCCUUGAUUAUAUUCGAAAAUCCUUAAGAAAACUUGAACUGGAUGAGUCAAAGAUUUCAGACAGCCUCAUAAUGGAGUACUUUGGAAAAUACAAGCACAGAAUGAAGGAGCUGGAAGCUUUUAAUAUGUUGAAAGUUGUUUUGGGACCUUGUAUAGAAGCGCUGAUACUUCUAGAUCGUCUGUGCUACCUUAAAGAACAGAACAACCUUGCCUGGUCUGGACUGGUGAAGUUAUUUGAUCCCAUAAAAUCCCCCAGAUGUUAUGCAGUUGUGGCUAUGAAGAAACAGACAUUUCACAUGCAUCCAAAUUGCUAGCAAAUCUCCCAAUUGAUGCUGCUUUUCUCCUUUAUAUUUUGUUCAGUUUUAUGAUUACUUAUGAUUUGUUGUUCCUUUUGUGCUGCAAUCUUGGCUAAUUGACUUUAGUGUCUAUUUCUGCUUCAGUUCUAAUUUUGUCCUUAUCUGUUUCUAUUAUUGUUAUUUCAACUUUCAUAAAUUCCAAUUCCAGACUAGGAUUUUUCUCUCAGGAGGAGGUUUCCUCUCCUGUACUAUCCCCUUGGGCCUCUUUUGUUUUUGCCAUUUCUGACUGGGGGUUCCAUUUCUGACUGGGAUGUCUGAAGUAAAAUUUCUAAGAUUUUUGAAAUAUUUUAUUUUUUUAUUUAAUAUUUAUGGUGGCACUAUCAAAUUGUGGGUUUAUUUUGUAGCACAAUGCUGCCAGGGAUUAUAAGGGGAAAAUUCUCCCACCUCCCAAUACCCAAAGGCAACAAAUGUUUUCUAACAGCCCAAUCCAGGGCUGAGGCAGCUGGGGACAGCGCCGCUCUCACUCCAGAGGGCUUCCAAGUGACGUGGGGAAGCCACAAUAAGAAAAGAAGAAAAAAGGGAAACACCCCCCUAUCACCUAUAAAGCCCUCCAUAGCCCACCUUUUGGGUGGUGUAAGUCUGAAGCCCUUACUGUAGAAUUCCCCACUCGAAAGCCCGGGUAGAAGCCAACUAAAGCCACUUAGAUGCCAGCGUUGCUCUGCAAUGGUGCCCACUUUUGGGUUUCAUCACUACAGAGGCGUGGGGUGGCCAGGUGCCAGCGUUUUUGCCCUCUCCGCCAGCAGGGGUGCUCCUUACAUCAGCAGAGAGGGCAAAUGCAUCAGCACAGUGCCACUGCCAUAGCCCAUUUGGUCCCCAUCCGUCUGGAUUGGGUUGCCCAUCUCCUAAGAUCUUCAUAGAUAGAUAGAUAUAGUGAUAUUGCAGGGUUGGCCCUGGUUGUUACUUGGAUGGGAAGUCACCACGGAAGUCUAGACUUGCAACGCAGUGGCAGGAAAUAGCAAACCAUCUGUCUCUCACCUUGAAAAUCACAAGGGAGUGUUUUAAGUCACAUUUUCUACCAUCAAGUCCACUGAAAUCAGACCACUGCCUUGGGAGGCAGAUCACAACCAUCCCAUCUGUCACAUCAACACUAAACAGACAGAAAAAACAAAAGUGGUGACUUUGGUUCUCUUCAACAUAGGAGCACAAGGGACCAAAACCAAAGCAGUGGCUAUUAGAAAAAAGGAUAGUAGACUGGCAAAUCUUAAAAAAUGAUUGCGGUAUGUUGCUCCCUCUUUGUUUAUAGCCUCUCAUCACAAAACAGUGACACCUGCAUGCUUACUUGUAGCAGGGAACUGUGGUUAAGCUCAACUCUCAUGGGUAGGGAUAGGUUUACAAAAGAAAUGUAAAUGUUUCCUUUUGUAUUUUUUAUGUACAUAUACAUUUUUUUCUUAACAUAUUAACCUAAUGCACUGAAGUACAUCUCCUACCGGUACAUUGUCUUCUCUUAAUUGAGAAAAAUCCUAUUAAUUGAUCUAUCUUUAAACUAAGGUUCCUUUACGUCAUGGUUUCAGAAAUGUGGCACAAUAUUCUUUUCGCGUUUCAUUCAUUUCAUUUUGCUUUUAUAUAUUUCAAAUCAUCUUACAGGUAUGGUAUUACUUUCAGUGGCUUAUGUGGAAUAACUUCUUUUUUCCUGUGUUUAUAUGACAUUUUGAAGUAAAAUAUUUUUAAACUAUUGACUUCAUUAUUUCAUAAAAUGGUGAGAUUCAGGUGUACUAAACUGGCAGGUUGGUCUUUAAUUACAUUCAGACUUGAGUUAUUCUGGGAUUAUUUUGGGGCUGAUGAUUGUCGUUGGGGAGUCUUAGAUUUUGUUUUGUCAAUUAUUACUGGUAUAAAAUUGGCUGACUCUCUUCAAGAACUAUAUAACUGCACAGCAUGAAAAAGGUUUGGAAUCUUUGAACAUGAAUAGUUAUUGAAGUACCCUGACACUUCAAUAAAUCAUUCAAGGAAAGGCUUGUGAUUGCUGUAGUGCUGUAGAAAUGGUGGUGGGGGAGGAGUAGAAAUAAAGAAAUGUAUAUCUACUUA